ACCAAAUCAAUGCGUGGAAGGCACAUGAAUGCUGUCAGCUGGGGUUUAUGUCUGCCAAGUCAGUGUUCGAUGGAGUCUGUAUCGACUGUAGGCAAGGUGAUGGCGCGGAAUUCUCAUCUGAUAGCGAUGUCUGACGACCCUGCGGUUACUGUCAGCUACUGCCAUCUAGCGGGCGAAGUUAGAAACUACGGGUUCGGAGCUCGCGUGUUUUUCAUCGUAAUGCUAUGUUUGUUGAUAACUGCAAUCAUAUGCACAUAUGGUAAUAACAACACGUUCAUAAAAACAUCUCAUUCUUUUGCGGCGAAGGUAAUGAAAAUAUUCUGCAUUAAGACCAACUAUGCAACAUUAUUCCACGUGCAAAGCUCAGAGAUAUCAGCCAUGAAUGGCAUAAGGUUCCUGUCAGCCGUUUUUGUGAUCUGGGCGCAUGUAUACAUGUUUACUAAUAUUGCUGGAUUAUCCAACUCGUUGGAUAUGGAUAAGGAUGCAGGAACACUGACUGGAAUAUUCCUUCACCACAUGGAUUUACUUGUGGAUACCUUCUUCGCCUUCUCUGGUCUUCUUCUUGUUAACAGUCUGCUCUCUGCCAGGGGUAGCACACACUCAAGCAAGAAGACAGAGGAGCGACUAUUGCACUCAUUUUUCCCUAUGUUAAUAGGAACUUUGGCUGUGGCUAUUUCCUUCAUGACUGUUAUAUCAGGGGAUAUGGACCACGGCCCAUUAUGGCGCAGAUUCGCUGUAUCCGAACAGGAUAUAUGCGUGAAGAAUUGGUGGAGAUGUUUGUUGAUGCUAAAUACCAGUGCCAAGGAAAUGGUAAAAAAGACUAACGACAUCGAAUUGUAUAAGUUGACCAGGAAAAUAAAGAACCUCGUGUGGUUCUAA